GCGGAUUUUGAUGUUGAUCACUUUGUAUCAGACUGCAGGAAACGUGUGCAGUUGGAAGAGCUCAGGGAGGAUCUAGAACUCUAUUACAAACUCCUUAAAACUGCUAUGGUAGAACUCAUAAAUAAGGACUAUGCAGAUUUUGUUAACCUUUCAACAAAUCUAGUUGGCAUGGACAAGGCUCUGAAUCAGCUUUCAGUGCCCUUGGGACAGUUAAGGGAAGAAGUUAUGAGUCUUAAGUCAUGUGUCAGUGAAGGAAUUCAAGCAGUAGAUGACCGGAUGACUAAACAAGAAGAUAUCAGAAGAAAAAAGAUGUGUGUCCUGAGACUUAUUCAUGUUAUUCAGUCUGUUGAGAAAAUUGAGAAGAUUCUACAUUCCCAAGGCCCUAAAGAACUGUCCUCAUUAGAGGGAAACAGCCCACUCUUAACUGGUCAAGUUUUAGAGAGAAUUGCCACAGAAUUUAAUCAACUACAAUUUCAUGCAGUACAAAGCAAAGGAAUGCCCCUUUUGGACAAAGUGAGACCACGUAUAGCUGGAAUAACAGCUAUGUUGCAGCAGUCUCUGGAGGGGCUGCUCUUGGAAGGCCUUCAGACUUCAAAUGUUGACAUAAUACGUCACUGUCUUCGCACUUAUGCCACAAUUGACAAAACACGAGAUGCAGAGGCAUUAGUUGGUCAAGUGCUGGUAAAACCUUAUGUAGAUGAGGUGAUUGUGGAACAGUAUGUUCAGUCUCAUCCUAAUGGCCUCCAGGCUAUGUACAAUAGACUGUUGGAGUUUGUUCCUCAUCAUUGCCGUCUCCUGCGUGAGGUAACAGGAGGAGCAAUUUCGAG